CCCCUAAUAGAGAAGUACUCCAAAAAAUUGUCAAUCAUGCUUCAUCCUUUUAUGAUAUAGCAUAUAUUACUAUUAAUUCUACAAAAUCAGUUCUUGCCACCAACUACACUAAAGAUCUAAAUCCUUCUAUCAUUUUCACUAAUACAAGCAUACCCA